CUUGUCGCAACCUUACUCGCUGAUGAUUUUUCCUGGCUUGGUCGAAGGCAGAUAAAGGUCAAUUGGAACGCACCCCUGGGUCAACUCUUGAGAACAAAACGAAAAUGCCAGCCUAUGCCCUCUUCUUCCUAAUCGUCCAGUCCAUCCUGUCCGCAGUUGUGGGCGCGGAUGAAGGUACCUGCCAACUCGUUGGAACCUACGUAUGUAGCUUCCGUCUUCGCUUGAAUAAUGACUGGUACCGGACUGAUCGAUUGCCUGGUGUAGGGAUUCUGCUACACCACUAUGUAUCCCGACGGUCAGCCUUGUUUGUCCGAUGCUUCCUGCUCGGCGCCCAACGACUAUUGCAACGCAUUCGAUGGUUCGGCUUUCUGCGACUGAGGAAGGUCUUUGUGGUAUACGUAGUGCGUGGGGCCGGAUCCUCGAAACUGUGGCAGCAAGUGUGAAACAAGGCAGGGACUGGGAGCGGCUCGAAUCGAAUAUGUUGCUUCCUAUGCCAAGUUUGGUAACAUGGCAAGGGAGUCUGGGCGGCGUUCUGUGGGAGAGACCGGCACCAGACUCCGCCCUUGGAGGACUACUAAAGCGUUGUAUGAAGGAACGAUGUGGUUGGUUG